AUGUUCCCCCAAAUCUCAUCCACCUUAUUCAAGGGUUUGGCGUGCACUGGUUCAGAGAGCAAAAUUUACCCUUUUGAUAUGAAAAUGGAGGCUGAAAUUCAAAAAAUUAAGAGAAGGGCUGUGUUUAAAGGUUGCUCAAAGUUGCUUGAACUGGCAGCCAUGGAUGAUGUGGCAAGCUUUAUUUCUCUAGUAGAAGAGAAGGGUUCUAAUUUUGACGAGGUGAGCAUUUGGUAUGGCAGAAGCUUUAGUUCAAAGAAGAUGGGGUUUGAAGAGAGAACAUCUCUUAUGAUUGCUUCCUUGUACGGAAGCAUCGAGGUUUUGAAGUAUGUUAUCGGGUCUCAAAAGGUUGAUGUCAACAGAGCAUGUGGCUCAGAUGGGGUUACUGCUCUUCAUUGUGCUGUGGCAGGGGGUUCGGAUUCAUCGAUUGAGGUUGUGAAGCUCCUAAUCAAUGCCUCUGCAGAUGUCAAUGCUGUCGAUGCCAAUGGGAAUAAACCUGGUGACCUAAUUUCACCGCAUCUGAAGUUCUCAAACAAUUCGAAGAGGAGAACCUUGGAGAUGCUGUUGAAAGGGAUUAGCUUUGAGGCUGGUGAUCAAGAAGAAGAACAAGGAAUUAAACAACCCCUGGUGGCAAAAGAGGGAGGGAAUGAGAAGAAAGAAUAUCCAAUUGAUGUUUCGUUGCCAGAUAUUAACAACGGGAUAUAUGGAACUGAUGAAUUUAGGAUGUAUAGUUUCAAGGUGAAGCCAUGCUCGAGAGCUUAUUCUCAUGAUUGGACAGAAUGCCCUUUUGUUCAUCCUGGUGAGAAUGCGAGGAGGCGUGAUCCAAGGAAGCAUCCCUACACUUGUGUCCCCUGCCCCGAGUUUAAGAAGGGAGCGUGUGCAAAGGGUGAUUCCUGUGAAUAUGCUCAUGGCGUUUUUGAGUCCUGGCUACAUCCUGCCCAAUACAGAACCCGGCUUUGCAAGGACGAGACUGGAUGUCCAAGGAAAGUGUGCUUUUUUGCACAUAAGCCCGAAGAGUUGCGUCCUCUGUAUGCCUCUACAGGUUCAGGUUUGCCUUCGCCAAAGUCUGUUUCAGUUAACUCAAUGGACUUGACAACAUUGAGCCCAUUGUCUCUUGGCUCAUCUUCUUUGAUGUACCCUAAUACUUCAACUCCACCAAUUUCACCAUCGGUUACAUGUUCGUCUCCCAUGGGUGGAAGUAUGCGGCAGCACAAGGCAAACCUCACACCUCCUGCUUUGCAGCUGCCAGGAAGCAGACUCAAGACGAUUCUCAGCGCAAGAGAUAUGGAGUUGGAUAUGGAUUUGCUUGGAUUGGAAAAAAUCCGAACACAAUACCAACAAAGGCAGCAGUUGGCAGAUGAGAUGGCAAAUCUCUCGUCCCCAUACAGCAAAAUUACAGAUUUGAGGCCCACUAAUCUUGAUGAUGUUUUUGGAUCGCUUGAUCCUUCGAUAUUAUCUCAAUUGCAGGGUCCAAAUGGGGUUCAGAUUCAUCAAAACACAAGCCAACUCCGUGCAAGCUACCCGUCCAACUUGUCAUCCUCCCCAGCAAGGAAGCCGGCCACUUUUGGGUACGACUCGUCUGCAGCAGUGGCAGCAGCAGUCAUGAACUCGAGAUCUUCUUCGUUUGCGAAACGCAGCCAGAGCUUUAUUGACCGUAGUGGUGGAGUUGGCCAUCGGUCCUGCCUUUCUGGUGCUUCUAAUUCCCCGAGUUUGAUGCCAUCUAAACUGUCAGAAUGGAGCUCCCCUGAUGGAAAACUCGACUGGGGCUUUAACUGUGAAGAUUCAAACAAGUAUAGGAAGUCAGCCUCUUUUGGUAUUCGAAGUGGUAAUGCUGGGUUGUCAACAGCAAUGGCUCCACCAAAUGUAGAUGAUCCAGAUGUAUCUUGGGUUCAUUCGUUAGUAAAAGAUGUUCCAUCUAACGAUGCUGCACGAUACAGUUUAGAGCAGCAGCAUGUCCGGGCUCGUGAUAUUGCUCCCCAUUGGGUCGAUCAGUUGUACAUAGAGCAUGAGCAGAUUGUGGCUUAA